ACCAAUGGUUCCUAGUAAACUUCCGGUGAAAAUAAACAGUCUACUUCCUUUUCCUGUACAGCUAACAUGGCGGACAAAGGCAAGAAGAAAGAGAAGAAGCAUAAUGUGAUGCGUGAGCUUAAGAUUUCAAAGCUCUGUUUAAACAUUUGUGUUGGUGAAUCUGGUGACAGACUUACACGAGCCUCAAAGGUGUUAGAACAACUAACUGGACAACAGCCCGUCUUCUCAAAAGCCCGCUAUACUGUCAGAUCUUUUGGGAUUAGAAGAAAUGAAAAAAUAGCUGUACAUUGCACAGUAAGAGGUGCUAAAGCUGAAGAAAUUCUGGAAAGAGGACUCAAGGUUAGAGAAUAUGAGUUGAAAAAAGUGAACUUUUCAGAGACAGGAAACUUUGGGUUUGGUAUCCAGGAACACAUUGACUUGGGAAUUAAAUAUGAUCCCUCAAUUGGAAUUAAUGGCAUGUACUUCUAUGUUGUACUAAAUCGACCAGGUCAGUUAAUAUUAGUGUCCCAGAAUCAGUCAAAAAUAUUAUCAGUUAAAAAAUAUUAAACUUGGAAAACAUUG